AUGGCGAAAGACCACGAGGUCGAACGCAUUGCUAAAAAGCUGGACAAAAUGGUGCACAAGAAGAACACGGUAAGUUGAGUUUGCUAGCUAGCGCAGCAGUGGACGCUGGCCCAACGCCCCCAACAUCAGAAAUCAGGUAGAGGCAGUGCAGGAGUACUGUGGUGUUCGUGUGAUGCACCUUUGUAGCCAUCGAACAUUCUGGAAAGCUACUGAAAGGUGUCGGCUAUUUGUUUUUUUUCGGUUGUUCUGAACUAAAAAAAAAAACGAGUUGAUUACUCGGUCGAUUUUGAAAUGAAAGUGAAUGGUUGCACUUCGCUACUGUGUGGGCAGCGUAGGUUGUAAUGAUGGCUAGAUAUUGUGAAAGAGCGUUAAAUUAACGGGGUGAUUUUGUUAAUGAAUGGUUGUCCACACGUCCCCGGCCCCCUCAUAAUUAGUCAGGCCCAAUCGUUGCCUGACGACUCAAACUGAAUUGUUGAGUUGCUGUAUAGUUCGCUACAUAGCCUACUUCAAGGAGAAACUAACGUCCAUGGGCGUAGCGUUUGGCCGGAGUUUGGGUCGGAAGGCAAGCCCAAUCAUGGCUAUGCAGGUUAAUCAGUGGGAUCAUUUGAUAUCUGUAUGGACAGGGCCAGAACGAAUCAGUUGGAUGGCCAUUUGAUUUCCAUAGGGGGGCACGUUUUUUCACGGGACCUUAUGUGUGCAAACUAAUCAAAUUAUUAACACUAAGGUGAGCCCCCCUUUAAGCUAAAAGUGUAAUUAAUGCAUUUCAUAUAUGGCAUAAAAUAAAACAAAUGGUUGUUUGAAGGUCUAAGGUAACAUUAAAAUACGAAAAAUACAUAUUGUAAAUACAACAAGCAUUUUCAUUAGUGUGUUACUGUAGGAUAUAUGUAAAAACAUUUAAGUGUUUAUUCGUGGAGUGCCUUAGUUACAACUAUGAAACAGAAAGCAUAUGUGUUGGAGCGCGGUAACAGCUUCUUUCUAUAAUGACAAAAUAAACCAAAUGCACCAAACACAAAGACGAACGGUCAGCAAGACGCGCGGUCAAAUGAUGAAAACAUCAUUAUAAGCGCCAAAUGUGGUUGAUAAUAGUGGCGCAGUGGUCUAAGGCAGUGGUCUAGCUGUGCCACUAGAGAUCCUGGAUCAAAUCCAGGCUCUGUCGUAGCCGGCCGCGACAGGGAGACCCAUGGGGCAGCGCACAAUUGGCCCAGCGUCGUCCAGGGUAGGGUAGGGGAGGGAAUUGCCGGCAGGGAGGUAGCUCAGUUGGUAGAGCAUGACGUUUGCAACGCCAGGGUUGUGGGUUCUAUUCCCACGGGGGGCCAGUAUGAACAUUUUUACAUUUACAUUUUAGUCAUUUAGCAGACGCUCUUAUCCAGAGCGACUUACAGUUAGUGAAUACAUAUAUAUAUUUUUUUUAUACUGGCCCCCCGUGGGAAUCGAACCCACAACCCUGGCGUUGCAAACGCCAUGCUCUAUCAACUGAGCUACAUCCCUGCCGGCCAUUCCCUCCCCUACCCUGGACGACGCUGGGCCAAUUGUGCGCCGCCCAUUAGUCUCCCGGUCGCGGCCGGCUACGACAGAGCCUGGAUUCAAACCAGGAUCUCUAGUGGCACAGUUAGCACUGCGAUGCAGUGCCUUAGACCACUGCGCCACUCAGGACAAUAAACAAUAAAAAAAUAAUGUAUGCAAUGUAAGUCGCUCUGGAUAAGAGCGUCUGCUAAAUGACUAAAAUGUAAAACUGGCACAAAAUAAAUAAUGUCAUUAUAAUGAAUGUGUCGAUAUGACCGCAGUCAAAAACGGUCAAUUAUCAGUUGGAGCAUGUCACAUAAACGACGAAAGCUGAGUGCAUUGCUGAUUUCGUUUUUUUGCUUGAGCAUGCGCUCUCUGUUCCUUCUCUCCUGUCUCACCGUUUCAUUUGGUGGUGGCAUGGGCACCACCUGCUCAGUGCGCACCAUUCUGGCUUUUUUUGCGUUUAGGCCUCGGAGGUGUAGGGUUCAGGCUGAGACUCCGAAGACAAAUCAUCAGAGAUUUCAUCAUGAUUCAUUUCUUCCCUAUUCUUGCCAUUGUAAAUUAUGCACACUCUCUCACUGUGUAGGCCAGAGUAGACUGAUAAAACUGCUUGGAUUUGGUGGACUGAUAGAGGGUACUUACCAUUUUGAGAUUAUAAUUAGAAUGGAUCGAUACAAUAAGAAUGGCCCGCCCUGUUCUUCAUUCACACAAUUGGUGAUUCCAUAAUUAUGCAUCGCUUGCUUCCCCUUUGGUCAUCAACUUGACUUAAUUUAUUUCAUCUGUCUAUAUGUGUGAAAUUAGUUUAGGUUCAGUUUCGAGGCAAUUGUAUGGGGUGGUUAUCAACUCUACUAUCUACUGUUUAUUAUCUAUCCUGAUGCCUAGUCACUUUAAUCCUACCUAUAUGUACAUAUCUACCUCAAUUACCUGGUACCCCUGCACAUUGACUCGGUACUCGUACCCCGUGUAUAGAGCCAAGUUAUCGUUACUCAUUGUGUAUUUAUUAUUACUUUUAUUAUUACGUGUUUUACUGUUCUAUUAUUUCUCUAUUUUCUUUCUCUCUGCGUUAUCGGGACGGGCCGUAAGUCAGCAUUUCACUGUUAGUCUACACCUGCUUUACGAAGCAUGUGACAAAUACAAUUUGAUUCGAUUUGAACUGGGCACGGCACCUUCAACUAUCGGGGGAAGGAGAGGAGCAGGCCCUACAGUCCUCUCCCUCCUAAAACUGCUUCUAACUCCAGUUCUGUUUGUGAUAUUAAGGUUCUAACAAGGACGGUGUGUUUAUAUAGACUUAUUUAGGAAAAUGUCAAAGAUGGAGGGGGCAUGACUUUAACAAUGGCAGAGUAAUACAAUUUUUUAAAUUCAUGAGCAGUCCAAAUGACUGCUUUAGCGGUUCUAGUGUUGGUUUUAUAGUAAAGACAUGUAAUUUAACUGUAAAAAUGUAUUACCUUUUAAUGUGGCAUGAACACAACCAGACAUGAUGUUUUCAUCUGAUUGUCAAGCAAAUCAAAGUAGAUUACCUUAGCACCUUUGUCCAAAAUAGCAUCCGAGUGAGAAAAACAGCGCCCCUCUGUCUUACCACAUGUAACCAUGUAUCUGAUGCGUUGUGGCCAGAAAUAGUAUUACAUAUAUAAUAAUAAUAAUAAUAUGCCAUUUAGCAGACGCUUUUAUCCAAAGCGACUUACAGUCAUGCGUGCAUACAUUUUUUUUUUGUGUACGGGUGGUCCCGGGGAUCGAACCCACUACCCUGGCGUUACAAGCGCCGUGCUCUACCAGCUGAGCUACUGAGCUACACGCUCUUAGUCUAGACAGAAUCAGUCAUUUACAUUUACGUCAUUUAGCAGACGCUCUUAUCCAGAGCGACUUACAAAUUGGUGCAUUCACCUUUAUAGCCAGUGGGAUAACCACUUUACAAUAUGUUUUUUUUGGGGGUGGGGGGUGGGGAAAGGGGGGGGUAGAAGGAUUACUUUAUCCUAUCCCAGAUAUUCCUUGGGAUAGUCAUUUACAUUUACAUUUUAAUCAUUUAGCAGACGCUCUUAUCCAGAGCGACUUACAGGAGCAAUUAGGGUUAAGUGCCUUGCUUAAGGGCACAUCGACAGAUUUUUCACCUAGUCGGCUCGAGGAUUAGAACCAGCGACCUUUCGGUUACUGGCACAACGCUCUUACCCACUAAGCUGGGCUGGCUACACAUACUAAGACAGAAGGGCGCUGUUUCGCUUUAUCUGAGAUCGAUGCGUCUUUCUGUCUGCGCGCAUCUCGGUCAAAUAAAUUAUCAAUACUUAAAUAUUUUAUUUGGAUGGACAAGGAGGUACGAGGCCCCCACCUAUGCCAGCCCUGUGUAUAAUCUAACUUAAGGUUAAAUGUUUCUACCAUACCACUAACUCUUCUGUCGACCCUUGCCUGGAGGCGACACCACAAUAUUUUACCUGGAGGUAAACUCCAUAAAUCCGUACACAUUCAGUCCUCGCCACAUGGAUGACCUGCCGUUACCACUGACCGUUAACCUGACCAAAUUAGGCCCCCACCUGUCUUUCUAUCUUUCCUGUAUCACAAUAGGCCUGCACGAUUUAGAAUUUUGAAUUUUUGUCCUAUCAUAGAUUCUAGCCUGUGUUGGAAUAUGCAUACAGCUUGCUAACUAAACAUUGAUUUACAUUAUUGUAGACGGCAUCCAAUUCAAUUCAACAGGUGCCAAUAUUUAUCUGUCUCCUUUCUUCACAGGACGGUGCCAUAUAUCUGCUGAGGGAGUUGAAGAUAAUGAAGAUGUCUCUGGAGACUCUACAGGUAGACCUAAGCUUGUUCUCUUCUUACCGUAGGACUCUCUGUCUGAAUAAAAUAAUAUUGUAUUACUAUGGUCAAUACUAUGUCUCAAUGCCGGUGUCAGUCUACCAGGAUCAGUGAACGCUGUGAGGAACGGUAAUGGUGAAGCUAAUACACCAUGUUUGUCAGUCCACCAGGAUCGGCAUGUCGGUGAACGCUGUGAGGAAGCAGAGUUCAGAGGAAGAGGUCCAGACUCUGGCCAAGGCACUCAUCAAAUCCUGGAAGAAACUACUGGGUACGUCUGCUAUAGGUCUGCCUAGUACCACUGUCUGUCUGUCCUGCAGGUCUGCCUCGUACCACUGUCUGUCUGUCCUGCAGGUCUGCCUCGUACCACUGUCUGUCUGUCCUGCAGGUCUGCCUCGUACCACUGUCUGUCUGUCCUGCAGGUCUGCCUCGUACCACUGUCUGUCUGUCCUGCAGGUCUGCCUCGUACCACUGUCUGUCUGUCCUGCAGGUCUGCCUCGUACCACUGUCUGUCUGUCCUGCAGGUCUGCCUCGUACCACUGUCUGUCUGUCCUGCAGGUCUGCCUCGUACCACUGUCUGUCUGUCCUGCAGGUCUGCCUCGUACCACUGUCUGUCUGUCCUGCAGGUCUGCCUCGUACCACUGUCUGUCUGUCCUGCAGGUCUGCCUCGUACCACUGUCUGUCUGUCCUGCAGGUCUGCCUCGUACCUCUGUCUGUCUGUCCUGCAGGUCUGCCUCGUACCACUGUCUGUCUGUCCCGCAGGUCUGCCUCAUACCUGUGAAAUGUGGUGUCUGUCUGUCUGUCUGUACUGGACAGGUGGGAUCCUGUCUGCUCUAGAGAGACAGGGAUGGGAAAAUGAUUAUAAUACGGUAAUGAACACGCUAUAGUUUAAGAAGACCAAACAGAAAGCAUGUUUCUAAGGGAGUGAACGUUUAUUAGAAAAUCGGCACUCUCUGAAAUGGAAAUGGAUGGCCCUCCCUCAUUUUACAUAUUAGCAGAAUCUUUUUUUUUAAUACCACACAAAUUACAGAAAGUUCCAGGCUGAGAAUGGACAGAGAGCUUAAUCAAUGGAUAGUGACUGAAUUAGAUAACUUCCCAGGCAAAGUCAAUUUUUUGUCUCCUCGGCUAUAGAAGGUUGUAGCUCCGCCUCUGAAUGUCAAAGAAAUGAAACAAUGAUAUCCCCAUAUGCAUCGGAGUCACGUCUUUCCUGGCUUGUUUUGUAGCAUAAAGCAUCGCGGACAGAAAGUGCCGUUAUAGAUCACUUUAUAUAAUCGGAUCUGUUUUUGUUUUCUUAAAAAUCUUAAGCCUGUACGUUUUUAAGUUUUCUUUAAAAAGGCCUGUACUUUUUUUUAUUUUUUUUACAUUUUUCUUUAAUAAAAGGUAGACCUAUGGCAUUCCCUCUCAUACCUCCUCAAUUUGUGUCGUGGUUUUAACUAACAGCCCUUCACUGACACGGAGUUAGGCUAUUUAAAGAUCGCAUGGUGGGUGGAGGAAUUGACCAACAAAUCUAUGGCUAUGGCAGCCUAAAGCCUAGUUUCAUCUGUCAAACAGGUAGACCUACCUCUUAUUUCUCCUGUAGGAAAAAUCGCCUCCAACAUAAAGCCCUCUUGUUGUUAGUAAAGUCUAAUUAAAAUGAAGACGGUUUAAAUUAAUUAUGUCUACUUUCAGCACCAUGAGCUGUCCAUUUCUGAUUGAUUGUGCCGCGGCUGCUGCUUCAAGUUUCAGCGCCACAAUAAACACAGAGUAUAGCAAACAUUAGGAACACCUUCCAAAUAUUGAGUUGCACCCCUCAGAACAGCCUCAAUUCUUCGGGGCAUGGACUCUACAAGGUGUCGAAAGCGUUCCACAGGGAUGCUGGCCCCAUGUUGACUCCAAUGCUUCCCAGAGUUGUGUCAAAUUGGCUGGAUGUCCUUUGGGUGGUGGACCAUUCUUGAUACACACAGCAAACUGUUGAGCGUGAAAAACCCAGCAACCUUGCAGUUCUUGACACAAACCGGUGCGUCUGGCACCUACUACCAUACCCCCGUCCAAAGGCACUUAAAUCUUUUGUCUUGCCCAUUCACCCUCUGAAUGGCACACACACACAAUCCAUGUCUCAAUUGUCUCAAGGCUUACAAAUCCUUAUUUAUCCUGUCUCCUCCCCUUCAUCUACAUUGAUUGAAGUGGAUUAAACAAGUGACAUCAAUAAGGGAUCAUAGCUUUCCCCUGGAUUCACCUGGUCAGUCUAUGUCAUGGAAAGAGCAGGUGUUCUUAAUGUUUUGUCCACUCAGUUACUGGAAUCUGGCUUAUCGUGAGGCCAAUACCUAUGAUAAAUAUAUCAUGGGCAAGACACACAUUGUUUUUAAUAAAAUCUAUUAUAGUAGUAGCAAGCUAUCAAAGUUGACCUCCGGUCCUCCUCCAUCCUCCGGUCCUCCUCCGGUCCUCCUCCAUCCUCCGGUCCUCCUCCAUCCUCCGGUCCUCCUCAUCUUCGCGCUCUCAUUCUCAAACAGAACAGAACAUAGACUAGUCCAUGUGUAAAAUAAUGAGCUUUUUGGACCUUGGCCUAAUCAACUACAAAAAAUUCGGAAGAAGCCUUUCACUCUCCUCCUGAACUGCCACCGUAGGCCUGCACAGCCUUGGUCAGGCAGCCGUGGGCCUGCACAGCCUUGGUCAGGCAGCCGUGGGCCUGCACAGCGUUGGUCAGGCAGCCGUAGGCCUGCACAGCCUUGGUCAGGCAGCCGUGGGCCUGCACAGCGUUGGUCAGGCAGCCGUGGGCCUGCACAGCCUUGGUCAGGCAGCCGUGGGCCUGCACAGCCUUGGUCAGGCAGCCGUGGGCCUGCACAGCCUUGGUCAGGCAGCCGUAGGCCUGCACAGCCUUGGUCAGGCAGCCGUGGGCCUGCACAGCCUUGGUCAGGCAGCCAGGCAGCCGUGGGCCUGCACAGCCUUGGUCAGGCAGCCGUGGGCCUGCACAGCCUUGGUCAGGCAGCCGUGGGCCUGCACAGCGUUGGUCAGGCAGCCGUGGGCCUGCACAGCGUUGGUCAGGCAGCCGUGGGCCUGCACAGCGUUGGUCAGGCAGCCGUGGGCCUGCACAGCCUUGGUCAGGCAGCCGUGGGCCUGCACAGCGUUGGUCAGGCAGCCGUGGGCCUGCACAGCCUUGGUCAGGCAGCCGUGGGCCUGCACAGCCUUGGUCAGGCAGCCGUGGGCCUGCACAGCCUUGGUCAGGCAGCCGUGGGCCUGCACAGCCUUGGUCAGGCAGCCGUGGGCCUGCACAGCCUUGGUCAGGCAGCCGUGGGCCUGCACAGCCUUGGUCAGGCAGCCGUGGGCCUGCACAGCCUUGGUCAGGCAGCCGUGGGCCUGCACAGCCUUGGUCAGGCAGCCGUGGGCCUGCACAGCCUUGGUCAGGCAGCCGUGGGCCUGCACAGCCUUGGUCAGGCAGCCGUGGGCCUGCACAGCCUUGGUCCGGCAGCCGUAGGCCUGCACAGCCUUGGUCAGGCAGCCGUGGGCCUGCACAGCCUUGGUCAGGCAGCACACAAAAACGUUUUUGAUCAGUAAGAGCAGAGCAGGCCGGGGCUCAGGGUUGGAAUGCAGCCUAGUUUUAUUUACACCAUCCCAGCAGCCAUAUUAGAAAUAUUACUUUGUGCUUUUCCCAGCAUGCAAUUCAUAACCUAUAGGCUAUGGAUCAUUUGAUUGAGACCACACUAAAAAGCCUAUAGGCGCACUUGAUAUUGCACACGGAGAAUCAGAGGUGAGGAGCAGCAUCGGGUACACAUCCAUACAUAGCCUAAUAAGCUACUACUUCUAAAACACUGAGAUAUAUUGACAUUUAAUCACUUACAAAUUACAUGACCCUCCCAUGGACUAGAUUGAAAAAAAUACUAAAUCGCCCCUUGACAAAAAAAAUUAAAAGCAAAAAACCUCCCUCAUUUUCCUCCCAGGUACCCAUUGUGUAAAUUUCAAACCAUCCCUACAUAGAUAGUAAACACCUGAAUGGUUUUCUCUGCAGACGGCGCAGAGGGGAAAGCUGUGGAGGAGGGGAAGAAGAGGGAGGGAUCUCCUCUGAGGUCAUCAACGUCCAAGGACAGUCCUGGAUCCAGCGACAGGAGGUGAGACACCCGUGACAACCGAGUGUCAGUCAUGUACCAGAGGUAGUUCAGUGAAUCACCUUGUCUGAGCUCUGAAGACUUGUGUGAGCUCCCUGAACUAAUGCCUAGGCUUUAGCUCAGCGGGCUGAUGUGGAGUCAUAUCUAGCAGAGGUGGUUCAAUGAACUACUCGUGGGUGAUGGGUAAUCUAGCUUGAGCCCAAAAUACUUGGGUCGGGUAGGUAGACUACAGGGGUUUGAUGGGUAGGUAGACGACAAGGGUUUGAUGGGUAGGUAGACGACAGGGGUUUGAUGGGUAGGUAGACGACAGGGGUUUGAUGGGUAGGUAGACGACAGGGGGUUGAUGGGUAGGUAGACGACGGGGGUUUGAUGGGUAGGUAGACGACAGGGGGUUGAUGGGUAGGUAGACGACGGGGGUUUGAUGGGUAGGUAGACGACAGGGGUUUGAUGGGUAGGUAGACUACAGGGGUUGAUGGGUAGGUAGACGACAGGGGUUUGAUGGGUAGGUAGACGACAGGGGUUUGAUGGGUAGGUAGACGACGGGGGUUUGAUGGGUAGGUAGACGACAGGGGUUUGAUGGGUACGUAGACGACAGGGGUUUGAUGGGUACGUAGACGACAGGGGUUUGAUGGGUACGUAGACGACGGGGGUUUGAUGGGUAGGUAGACGACAGGGGUUUGAUACCCAGUCAGAAUAAAUGGAAGGAUCAGGGUGACUCAUAACAUGAUGUAACACUUUUUUCUCUCUGUCACCAUCUUGUCUUCUCUAGCAAGAAACAACAACUGCUGGAGCCCCCGAAGACUCCCACCUCCCCUACGACCCCGAAGUUCACCUCCUUCCCCCCCACUCCCGUCACUACUGACAGCGUGCGCACCAAGUGCCGAGAGCUGCUGGUGACUGCCCUGCAGACCGACGGUGAGACAGACCCUACCAAGAUGGCUGCCGUUAUCGGCACAUUCCAGAGCUGUAUAGGUUUAUGACUUCAGCCAUUCAAGUGUUAUACAGUGCCUUCAGAAAGUAUUCACAACCCCUUCACUUUUUUCCACAUUUUGUUGUUACAGCUUGAAUUUAAAACGGAUUAAAUUGAGAUUUUGUGUCACUGCCCUACACACAAUACCUCAUAAUGUCAAAGUGGAAUUAUGUUUUUAGAAUUUUUUACACGUUAAUUAAAAAUGAAAAGCUGAAAUGUCUUGAGUCAAUAAGUAUUCAACUGCUUUGUUAUGGCAAGCCUAAAUAAGUUCAGGAGUAAAAAUUUGCUGAACAAGUUGUAUACACUACAGGUCAGGGCUCUGUGCAGGCCAGUCAAGUUCUUCCACACCGAUCUCGACAAACCAUUUCUGUAUGGACCUCGCUUUGUGCACAGGGGGCAUUGUCAUGCUGAAACAGAAAAGGGCCUUCCCCAAACUGUUGCCACAAAGUUGGAAGCACAGAAUUGUCUAGAAUGUCAUGACGAACAGUUAUUGUGCUGACGUUGCUUCCAGAGGCAGUUUGGAACUCGGUAGUGAGUGUUGCAACCGAGGACAGACGAUUUUUCAACACUCGGCGGUCCCGUUCUGUGAGCUUGUGUGGCCUGCCACUUCGCGGCUGAGCCGUUGUUGCUCCUAGACGUUUCCACUUCACAAUAUCAGAACUUACAGUUGACCGGGGCAGCUCUAGCAGGGCAGAAAUUUGACGAACUGACUUGUUUGAAAGGUGGCAGGCAUCCUAUGACGGUGCCACGUUGAAAGUCACUGAGCUCUUCAGUAAGGCCAUUCUACUGCCAAUGUUUGUCUAUGGAGAUUGCAUGGCUGUGUGCUCAAUUUUAUACUCCUGUCAGCAACUGGUGUAGCUGAAAUAGUUUGAAGGGGUGUCCACAUACUUUUGGCAAUGUAGUGUAAUAAGUUGCACUACACUAUGUGUGCAAUAAUAGUGUUUAACAUUAUUUUUUAAUGACUACCUCAUCUCUGUACCCAACACAUACAAUUAUCUGUAAGGUCCCUCAGUUGAGCAGUGAAUUUCAAACACAGAUUUAAUCACAGACCAGGGAGGUUUUCCAAUGCCUCGUAAAGAAGGACACCUAUUGGUAAAAAAAGCAGAUUUUGAAUAUCCCUUUGAGCAUGGUGAAGUUAUUAAUUACACUUUGGAUGGAUUAUCAAUACACCCAGUCAAUACAAAGAUACAAGCGUCCUUCCUAACUUGGUUGCCGGAGAGGAAGGAAACUGCUGGGAUUUCACCAUGAGGCCAAUAGUGACUUUAAAGCCGCUACAGAGUUAAAUUGUAGUUACUCCACGAUACUAACCUAAAUGACAGAGUGAAAAGAAGGAAGCCUGUACAGAAUACAAACAAUCCAAAACAUGCAUCCUGUUUGCAAUAAGGCACCAAAGUAAAACUGAAAAAAAUAUUGCAACGAAAUGAACUUUGUCCUGAAGAGAAAGUGUUAUGUUUGGGGGAAAUCCAACACAUCACUGAGUACCACUCGUCAUAUUUUCAAGCAUGGUGGUGGUUGCAUCAUGUUAUGGGUAUGCUUGUCAUCGGCAAGGACUAGGGAAUUAUGUUUUAAAUAAAACAAUUAAUGGAAUAGGGCUAAGCAGAGGCAAAAUCUAGUUACAACCCUGCAGGAAAACCUGACUGUCUGCUUUCCAACAGACACUGGGAGGAAAAUGCACCUUUCAGCAGGACAAUAACCUAAAACACAAGGCCAAAUAUACUCUGGAGUUGCUUACCAAGACGACAUUUUAAUGUUUUGGAGUGGCCUAGUUACAGUUUUGACUUAAAUCAUCUUGAAACUCUAUGGCAAGACUUGAAAAUGGCUGUCUAAUAUUGAUCAACAACUAACAUGACAGAGCUUGAAGAUUUGUAAAAAGAAUCAUGUGCAAAUAUUGUACAAUCCAGGUGUGCAAAGCUCUUAGAGACUUACCCAGAAAGACUCACGGCUGUAAUCGCUGCCAAAGGUGAUUCUAACAUUUAUUGACUCAGGGGUGUGAAUACUUACGUAAAUUUGGUCUUCAUUUCAUUUUCAAUAAACUUGCAAAAUCUUAUAAAAACAUGUUUUUUUUAACUUUGUCAUUAUGGGGUAUUGUGUGUAGAUUGGUGAUGUAUACAAUUAUUAAUUUUUUUAUCCAUUUUGAAUUCAACAAAAUGUGGAAUAAGUCAAGGGUUAUGAAUACUUUCUGAAGGCACUUUGCGGGCGUAACCGAGCCCAUUCACAAGGGGGAUCUAAGAUAUGGGGUGGCUGGAGGGCCAUUUUUAAAUACCGUACAUGUGUAAUUUGUGCUACAAACUAAUAGGCCAGAGGCAAGGCUAAAUGUUGAGAUACCCCUACCCGAAGUAUAACAAAACACAACCAUGUUUUUCCAUAUCUUUAAGGUCUCCCAUACAGUGGGGAGAACAAGUAUUUGAUACACUGCCGAUUUUGCAGGUUUUCCUACUUACAAAGCAUUUAGAGGUCUGUAAUUUUUAUCAUAGGUACACUUCAACUGUGAGAGACGAAAAUCCAGAAAAUCACAUUGUAUGAUUUUUAAGUAAUUAAUUUGAAUUUUAUUGCAUGACAUAAGUAUUUGAUCACCUACCAACCAGUAAGAAUUCCGUCUCUCACAGACCUGUUAGUUUUUCUUUAAGAAGCCCUCCUGUUCUCCACUCAUUACCUGUAUUAACUGCACCUGUUUGAACUCGUUACCUGUAUAAAAGACACCUGUCCACACACUCAAUCAAACAGACUCCAACCUCUCCACAAUGGCCAAGACCAGAGAGCUGUGUAAGGACAUCAGGGAUAAAAUUGUAGACCUGCACAAGGCUGGGAUGGGCUACAGGACAAUAGGCAAGCAGCUUGGUGAGAAGGCAACAACUGUUGGCGCAAUUAUUAGAAAAUGGAAGAUGUUCAAGAUGACGGUCAAUCACCCUCGGUCUGGGGCUCCAUGCAAGAUCUCACCUCGUUGGGCAUCAAUGAUCAUGAGGAAGGUGAGGGAUCAGCCCAGAACUACACGGCAGGACCUGGUCAAUGACCUGAAGAGAGCUGGGACCACAGUCUUAAAGAAAACCAUUAGUAACACACUACGCCGUCAUGGAUUAAAAUCCUGCAGCGCACGCAAGGUCCCCCUGCUCAAGCCAGCGUAUGUCCAGGCCCGUCUGAAGUUUGCCAAUGACCAUCUGGAUGAUCCAGAGGAAGAAUGGGAGAAGGUCAUGUGGUCUGAUGAGACAAAAAUAGAGCUUUUUGGUCUAAACUCCACUCGCCGUGUUUGGAGGAAGAAGGAUGAGUACAACCCUAAGAACACCAUCCCAACCGUGAAGCAUGGAGGUGGAAACAUCAUUCUUUGGGGAUAAUAAUAUAUAAUAAUAAUAAUAAUAUGCCAUUUAGCAGACGCUUUUAUCCAAAGCGACUUACAGUCAUGCGUGCAUACAUUUUUUUGUGUAUGGGUGGUCCCGGGGAUCGAACCCACUACCUUGGCGUUUCAAGCGCCGUGCUCUACCAGCUGAGCUACAGAGGACCACCAGGGAUGCUUUUCUGCAAAGGGGACAGGACGACUGCACCGUAUUGAGGGGAGGAUGGAUGGGGCCAUGUAUCGCGAGAUCUUGGCCAACAACCUCAUUCCCUCAGUAAGAGCAUUGAAGAUGGGUCGUGGCUGGGUCUUCCAGCAUGACAACGACCCGAAACACACAGCCAGGGCAACUAAGGAGUGGCUCCGUAAGAAGCAUCUCAAGGUCCUGGAGUGGCCUAGCCAGUCUCCAGACCUGAACCCAAUAGAAAAUCUUUGGAGGGAGCUGAAAGUCCAUAUUGCCCAGCGACAGCCCCGAAACCUGAAGGAUCUGGAGAAGGUCUGUAUGGAGGAGUGGGCCAAAAUCCCUGCUGCAGUGUAUGCAAACCUGGUCAAGACCUACAGGAAACGUAUGAUCUCUGUAAUUGCAUACAAAGGUUUCUGUACCCAAUAUUAAGUUCUGCUUUUUCUGAUGUAUCAAAUACUUAUGUCAUGCAAUAAAAUGCAAAUUAAUUACUUAAAAAUCAUACAAUGUGAUUUUGUGGAUUUUUGUUUUAGAUUCCGUCUCUCACAGUUGAAGUGUACCUAUGAUAAAAAUUACAGACCUCUACAUGCUUUGUAAGUAGGAAAACCUGCAAAGUCGGCAGUGUAUCAAAUACUUGUUCUCCCCACUGUAUAUGAAAUAGUAAAAAUAUUUUACUGUAAAAGUGAUUAAAUUGAUAGAUAUUGUGACACAAUAAUGCCUGGCUGACAUAAGGUCAUGUAACCCAAUCUCUGAUAUUGCUAAAAUGUUUGGAAUACAAAUAGUCAAUUGUCUGCCUACAAAAUACAAAUAAACAACAUUAGGAUAUCUUAAUGCAUCUUGUAAAUAUAGGCCUGUAAACACAGAUACAGUAUUCAGAUCCUUUCCCUUUUUUCCACAUUUUGUUUACGUUACAGCCUUAUUCUAAAAUGUAAUAAUAAAAAAAAAAACAUUUCCUCAUCAAUCUACACACAAUACCCGAAACUGACAAAGCGAAUACAGGAUUUAAAAUGUUUUACCAAAUUAUUUAAAAAAACAAAAACAAACAGGUACCUUUAUUUAGGUAACGAUAAUUUGGCAGAUUAUUAAGUGUGGGUGAUUGUGGACUGGGGCACGGCCAGCAGGAGAUGUGGAGAGUGAGGGGGGGACCUCAGAUUACUUAGAGGUAAGUUAAAGUGUAGCCAGGUCAUAGACUAUGACUAUGUAGCCUCCUGUAGCUCAGUUGGUAGAGCGUGGCGCUUGCAACGCCAGGGUUGUGGGUUCGAUUCCAACGGGGGGGGCCAGUUUGAAAAAUGUAUGCACUCACUAACUGUAAGUCGCUCUGGAUAAGACCGUCUGCUAAAUGACUAAAAAGUGUUGGUUGUGAGGUACCAUAGCACAGCUAGACAUUUGAAGAUGAUCCCUGGGCUUUGAUGGACAGUGAAAGGGGUUGCAGAGCAGGUGGAGCUGAUCAAGCAUGGUGCACCAAGACCACUACCUCACAGUUGAUCCCCAGCCACCAUAAACGAUCACAUACAGCAAGUUUUACCAUCCUAAGGUGCUUCUUGUUUGCCAUAAAUGUCAUUAUGUCCUUAUAGGGAUGUUGGGAUUACUGCACAGUUUCCCAGACCAAUGAAUGAGUCACCCCAGCAUAAGCGCUCGUUUUUUUCCACAUAAGAGUCCAGUUCAGGUGUCACAUGGGCUGGACUGUCAUGGUUGAUGGUUGGUACAUAGACACAUAGGAGGGCACUAUUGCACACCAGCAAUUUCCAGACAUCUUUUUUGGCUUUUUUGAAUGGCCUCCGAACAUGUCAAGUUCCAUGGUGUCUCUUGUCUGUACAGGAGGACUGAUGAUGGAGUGGGAAUAUCAAGGCCAGUUCUGGGAGAUUCAGGAUGGCAUUGGAGAGGCGCAAUUGAAGCGCCUUGUG